AUGCAGUCAGGCAUUUCGGCCUCCCAGGAGCUGCAGGAUGCUUUCAAUACUCUGGUAUCAUCGUCCGGGCAACGCGCAGUCAUUGCACAUAUCGAGAACGAGCAGAUAGUCGCUGCAACCACCAUUCCUGCUCAUGGGGACCGCUUCGAAGAUGAUUUGGGCCAGCUACAACAACACCUCACCCCUAACAAGGCAGCAUACAUACUCUUGAAGACGCAUGCCGGAUCCCCGGAUGGCUAUGCUGCAGUGACCUAUGUUCCCAAUGCUGCGCCAGUGCGGCAGAAGAUGCUCUUCGCCUCGACCCGCCUGACACUAGCUCGAGAACUUGGCCUGGAACGCUUCAGACAACAGAUCUUCACCACAGAGGCUUCGGAGCUUACGAAAGAAGGAUGGGCGAAGCACGAAGCACAUACUGCACUCGAUGCACCCCUGACAGAAGAAGAGAGCGGACUCAAAGGUGCGAAAGAUGCCGAGGCGGCAGAGAGCGUGGGUACAUCUGGACGGAGAGGACAUGUCACAAGCCGUGUAGACGUGAAGACAGGGGAGGGUGUGAUAGAGGCGCUGGAAUGUCUGAAGGAGGAAGGGUGCAAAGGCACACUCGUGCAGCUCAAAUAUCAGCUACCUGCAGAAGUCCUGACCCUGGAUUCAUCGACAGAUGGUGUCGAGCCUUCCGCAGUCGCCGGCACCAUUGCCUCGAACGAGCCAAGGUACAGUUUCUACUCAUCACCUUCUGCUGGCGCCGCUCCUGAAAUACUUUUCAUCUACACGUGCCCUACCAGCUCAAAGGUCAAGGAGCGCAUGAUCUACGCAACUGGCAAAUCUUGGACGAGGACAGUGGCAGAGCGGGAUGCUGGUAUCAUAUUCGCGAAAUCUCUAGAGGCUACCGAGCCGAGGGAAUUAACGACAGAUGUGUUGGGAGGAAGUCAGACAGCUGCAGCACAAGAUGAGGCUGCAUCCGAAAGCAAGCCGGGCAAUGGAUUCGCAAGACCGAAGAGACCGGGUCGGCGGUGA